AUGGCUACUACUUCUCAUAUGUCUCUCCUCUUCCUCCUCCUUGCCCUUGUAGCACUCACACCUUCCACCACCUCAGCUGCUGCAUCCCCAAACCCAAACGUAUUAAACUUACACCAACUUUUCCAACUAUUUGGAUUUCCGCUCGGCCUUAUACCUGAUCCCAUCGACUCUUUCACUAUAACCCCUGCAGGCCUUUUGCCAUCCACCUUCGACUUCACCAUCCGCUUUAAGGAACCAUGUUACGUACAAUUCGUAUCCCUCAAUUACUAUAACCCGGUGUUUACCGGAAAGAUCACCUUCGGUAAAAUUUCCGGGAUGAAAGGCCAUAAGGGUCAAUUCCCGACGGGCGAAUGGAUAGAUAUGUACGACGUCACAAUGGUUGGCCAAAACCUCUACUUCACAUUUGCUACUGCAAAUGCAACGGUUGAUAGAUCGUUUUUUGAGGAGAUUAAGACUUGCACAUAUGGUCCUCUUCUUCCUGCUGAUUAG